AUGACUGAUAACGUCAAGACCUUCUUGAUGAAGAAAUUCGAAGAGGGUACAAGAACUGGAAACAAGGCCGAUCCUGUACGGGUAGCGAGGGAGAUGAAGACCCUCAGAAAUGAGGACGGAGAGCUCACGUUUAAGCCUGAAGAGUGGAGGACUGCGCAGCAGAUCAGUAGCCUGUUUUCACGUCAGACAGCGGCGCUGCGUCAUAGGGCUAUUGAUGCGGAGGAAAUCUCGGAGGAAGGUAUCGAGGCUGCCGAGUCGGAAAUAGCGUUUGACACCCUUAGAAGUUUGGUGAUGGAUGAUAUGGGCAAACCAAGCCAUCCAAUCAUCGUGGGCAUUAGCAGUAUCUGCGAACUUGUAAAAAACAAGAAGCUUGACUCACUCAAACUGGCAGCUCUGAAAGAAAUCUUCAACCAGCUACACCUGACGACAAGCGGACCACUGUCAAGAAAAAAAACUUUCUUUGAGGCCAUUCAAAAAUUCUCUGAGAGUUGCACGUGUUUUCAAAAAUAA